AAUUAGGCUAGUUUAGAUCGUAGGUUUCGCUCUGUUUCUUCUUUAUAAAAGCAGAGGCAGAACCCACUGUUUUCUUCGAUGAAGGGAUAAACCCUAGCGCCGCGAGGCCAAGGCAACACUCAUCUGAAUUUCUGAACUCUCAAUGGGGGUUGUUCUAGUUUCCGAAGCAUAUAUUAAUUAAUUCGUCUCGAAUAACCAGUUUUAAACAGCGUGGUGUAAUCUUCCUUAAGCUACACUAUGCUACCUGUCUUCUGAAAUGGAAACGCCAACUGUAACGAUACCUAAAAUUGGACCAAAACCGUCAAAGAAAUUGAAGCUUCCCACACCAAAGGAGCUGAUAUCACACUAUGAGUCUCAGGGUAUGGACUCGCAAGAUGCGUCCUUGAAGGUCAUCGAGGAUCUUCAGAAGGCGCUGUUUGGAGUAAUAUCCUCUGGCAAAGGUAAACAUGACAAGCUAUUGACUGAGUCUUCUAGGAAGAUUGAUGCAAUUAGCAAUCGACUCACUGUUCUUGACAUGAAGCUUGAUUCCAAACCUGGUUAUGUUGAGACUUUUGCAAUUGGGCUUGCCUCGGGAGCUGCCCUGAAAGGGAUUGGUGCAAUUGUGCCUCAUAUUAUUGCCCCUCUUUUCCAGAUAUGGAACUCUGUUUUCACUGCCACUAAAUCUUCCCCCCAAUGAUAUUGAACUUUGUAAUUACUAGUUAGUUUGUAGAAAUAUUUUUUUAAUGAAAUGACCAUGCCACCAAUUUUUAUGUCA